AGCAACCAAAUUCCAUCUGAGUCGGUAUUUUCUAUCAUGCUGAUUGAUAGGUUCAAAAUCUUCAAUCCAAGCCUCCAGGCCCCCAACGUGCAAGAUGACACCAUUUAUGGUGGCCGUUGCCCUCCAAGCAAUUGAAAUUCCACACAUAAUUCCAUGAAAUAGCCUACCUUUAUUGAAACCCAAUAAGUCAAACCCCCUCCCUCCCUUCACGAUCCUUGUAUCAAUACCUAAUUUUUUUUUUUUUUAUAUAGAUAUCUGGUUUUCAUUUUUUCACAGGAAAAAUGAGUCAGGAAAUGGAUUUUGAUGAUGAGUGGGAACUCCUUCCUGUUAAUGGGUUCCUUGAUCUUGAUCAUCUCCAUGAAGAUGGGGAGAGAAGGAUUUUUGUGGGGAAGAGGAGUUCUGAUCCAAGAAGUGUGUUCAACAUGAAUUACUUCGAUAUCAAGUCCCCAAAAUCAUCUGGGAACUCCAAGGUUUUGCCUAACCAGCUUGUGCCUGUUCCGUUUCAAUUGGAACCAAGAAUUUACAAGGUGACAGAUGAUGAUGAUAUUGAUGAGUUUGUGAAAGGAAUCACCAAGUUGCCAAUUGAUGUUACCCUGGUGCCACCGCCGGUAAUUCCCAAGAAGAUCAAGGAUCCUUCUGAUGUUUUUGAAUCCAUUGAGGCUGAUCAAGAUGCAGUCUCACAAGUUUUCUUCAAGAAAACUAACAACAAUGAAUUUGUCGAAAUGAAAAUGGACUCACCCAAGUCCGGUUCAAGGGGUGUUUUGCCCCAGAUUGAUGCAGGUGCCUUUACUUUUGAGGAGAAAAGUGAUGAGCCUCUGGAGAACAACAAUUCUCCCAGAAACAGGAGUGAAAGGAAAGAGAAGGUGAUCUGGGAUGAUAAUUCUGGGGGCAUGAAUCUCUGGAAAUUGAGCCUCUCUGGGAUUGGAGCCAUCUGCUCAUUUGGUAUUGCUGCUGCUACAAUUUGCAUCUUCAUAUUUGGGAGCCAACAGAGGAACAAACAUCACCAGAACCAGAAGCUGAGUUUCCAGAUUUACACUGAUGACAAGAGGAUUAAGCAAAUGGUUCAUCAUGCAACCAAACUGAAUGAAGCAAUUUCUGCAGUUGGAGGCGUUCCAAUUACCAGAGCUCACAUAACAUUUGGGGGCUACCAUGAUGGUCCUUAGAUCGAUGUCUUCUAUGGGAAAAGCAGUACUGUUGAUUUAGGGUGACCAAUCCCUGGUCUUUUGGAUUUUCAAUGCAGGUUAUUAGUGAUUAAUGUAGGGUCCAUAUUUUUGUACAUGAUAAGAAAAAAGGUCUAUGGGAUGAUUUUAUGUGCAUGUAUAGAUUCUGAAUCCUGUUUUAUACUCUCAAUUCUAUAUUGUUGUUAUGGAUAAGAUGCUGCCAUCAAUAUAUCUUUCCUUUUAUA